CAUGUGACCAUGUGAUCACAGUCAAAGCAGUCAGACAGAGGGGAGAGAACUUGUGACUGAGGCAGCAGCAGCAGGUCUGAGCUCUGGGGGAUAAAAAGAAAAAUUUUCCAAAUCUAUUCUUCUUCUCCGAUUGACAUCAUGGACUGCGGGAUCCUCACUUCGAAGACAAUCCUGCUCUUCCUCAGCUUGGUGUUUUGGGCUGCAGGAGGAGUGUUGGCGUACGUGGCGUCCUACAUGAUCAAGAGCUAUGACAGCUUUGGAAGUUUCCUGCAGGACAAGCAGACGCUGAUCCCAGCAGCCAUCAUCAUCGGCAUCAGCGUGGUUAUGUUCAUCUUCGGUCUGGUGGGAUGCUGCGCCACGCUCCGCGAAUCCACAGGCGGCCUCAGCUGUUUCUUUCUGAUCAUCAUGCUAAUCUUUGCAGCUGAAGUUGCUGCUUUGGUGUUUAGCUUCAUAUAUCAGGGCAAGAUUAGUCAAGACCUGGAACGCUCAAUGAACGAUACCUUUGCAAAGUAUGAUGGAAGCAACCCUGAGUCUCAAGCUGUGGACUUGUUGCAGAAUGAGUUGAUGUGCUGCGGUGUCAACAACUACACCAGCUGGUUCAACACUCCCUGGUUCUUGACCAAUAAGACGAUACCUCCAUCCUGCUGUAAAAAUAAAACAGCACAAUGUCCCGGCAUUCCAUUUCAGCCAGACCUGAUUUAUACAGAAGGAUGUGAAGACAAGCUGGAGAAAACACUGCACGAUGUGUUGACGUACGGCAUGCUGGUCGUUCUUGGUUUUGCCAUCAUCAAGUUCUUCGGCAUGCUGAGCGUCUGUGUGAUAACCUGUAGGAACAACAGCCGGAGGAGUGGCUACCAGGCACUCUAUGCUUAAAACACCUCCACAUCUUACCCAGCAGCCUGGAUACUCUUCACUGUACAGAAACAUACUCAGUUUUAUACACUGAAGCAUUAAGGUGGUGUUAGAUGAACGUCUUUUUUUUCUGCUAUAAUCUGAUCUAAGUACAGCAGAGUAACUGCAGAAAAAAACAACUGAUCUUGAUGUUUUACGUGCUCCUAUUUUCAUCUUUAUGAGCCUUUUCACUCUUUUGCAUUGUGUAGAUAUUCUUUUGAAGGACACAUCACUUGAAUAUGUUUUAAUCAAUGACUUCAAUCUAUAUUUUGAGGUGAUUGUUCAUUUAAUGGUGGUUUACUACCUUACUAAGGGUUGCAAUAUUUAAAGCAAACUAAGCUGAUGGAAACACGCCCCCUGUGGUCAGUUAGGGGUACUGAUGCAGGUUUUUCUAGUUUGGCUCUUUUUGUGUUUGUUUUGUUUCUAAAUUAAAAAGGUGACUAUUUCA